UUCAUGUUAAACUAUCCGCACACAUUAUUAUUUACCGUCGUUGCUAUAUUAAGAAAAUGAUAAACAUGAUCAAUAAUUUAAGCCAGUUAAAACUUAUAUUACUUCCUAGACCACCAUUUUGUUAUAAAUUACUACGGAAUAUUUGAUAUCGAUUUAGAAGAUCUUGUUUGGUUCAUAUAGUGGGUAACGUUGCAGCGUAUUUUUGACUUUCCAAAUGUUUUGGCUUGAGCGCUUUGGACACACGAAAUAAAUAAAUGGGACCAAGAGUCACAAUGAGUUUCUUCAAAGUAAAAGAGCCUAUGUUUCUUAGUUGAACAGUACAGUACUGCCUAGAAAAUAUCCUACAGAAAAAAGAUGUGCAAAAUACAUGUAAACAUCGAAGGACAUCCUCACUGAUAUAUGAAACAAUAAAGUCAACAAUGACGGACAAAAAAUUGUGUUCUGGAUGUUUACGAGAUGACGAGAAAAUCGAGGCUGAAGCAUGGUGUAAUGAAUGCUUAGAAGAAGUUUGUAAGACAUGCGCAAAAGUACACAGAAAAUUAAAUCCGCCACAUAAAGUUAUACCACUUCACCAGGUCAGUAAUCUUAGUUCUUCUAUUCUGAAAAUCAGUAAAGACUGUGAUGUCCAUACCGAUCAAAGGACUGUUCUGUUCUGUACCCAACAUGACAAGGUCAUCUGUGAUCUUUGUUUGUCCGACACCCAUAAAAACUGUGAAUCCAUCAUUUCUAUAGAUCGAGCAGCAAAAGGCGUUAAAAGUGGGACCGCCCUUGCAGAUCUUAAGAGUAGAAUUGAACACUUAAACGAAAUGUUGCCUAAAUUGUUGAAGUGUCAAACUAAAGAUGAAAAAGAGUUUGAUAGGCAAAGAGAUAAAUUUCUCCAACAGAUUUCUUCCACCAGACAGCAGAUUAACAAUCAUCUAGAUCAAAUUGAAAAGGAAACCAUUGAAGAAUUGAAUAAACAGUACAAAACAACCAAACACACAAUGGAUGAGGCGAAACAUAAAACACAGAAAGGACUCGAGGCAGUAGCGACAUGGAUAAACGAAUUGUCAUCGAUAGAAACCAUCAGUAAUGAAGUACUUUUAUUUCAGACAAUCAAAGUAAUGGAUAAUAAAACACACAUAGAAGAAACCAAUAUUUGCGAGCUCAAUAAGCAACACAAAAUAGAAUUUGAUCCAUUUGAUACAAACGAUCUUCCAAUGUUACUUAGGUCGAUGGGAGAUAUUUCACUUACAGAAAAUCAAAUGCAUAUACCCGCAUUACAGUACAAUUUACAACAAAUACAAGAACCAGUUAAGUCAAUGGAAGAAGAGGAAGGCAAAAUACAACGAAGUAAUUCGUUUCUAACAUCAGUAUUAGGAUCAUAUGUUAAAAUAGAAAACGGUUGUUUUGUGUCCGGAAAGAGACUUCUAUUGUCACGUUACAACACAUCACACAUCUAUGCAUGUGGAUAUGAUGGGAAUGAUGUCCAAAGGAUACAUUUAAUACAUAAUCCAUGGCGCGUUGCAAUGAUCGACGAUAAACGGGCAAUAGUUACUUUACAAUCGAAAGGAUUCCAGAUCUUAGAUCUAACAACACUCACCUUAGGGAGAUGUAUCAAACCUGGAAAAGGAUGCUAUGCUGUGACAUGUAGUAAUGGUCAGAUAUGGACGUCUGAUGAUGGCACAACUAUCAAUCAGAUUGAUACCAGUGGUAAUAUACUACGUAGUAUAACAACAAAGAAUGAAAUACGGGACUUUUGUAUAGACAACGAUAGCAACAUUUACUAUACUCCAGCCGUUUACGACGGCAAUAACGUAUACCGUAUAACACCUGACGGACAGGAGAGUAUAUUCUGUAGUCAUUCUGAUCUAAUCUAUUCUUUGGGUAUCGACGUAGAUCACAAAGGAAAUGUUUAUGUAGGUGGAGCGUCGUCUGACAACAUACACAGAAUAUCAUCUGAUGGAAAGGAUCAUCAAAUCAUUCUUGCAAAGAACGAUGGAAUAAAAGUUCCAUGGGGUUUAUGUUACAAUAGGGACACCAAACAACUUCUGGUUGCCAACGACAAUAAAACAAGUGUCGCCAUAUAUAAUUUACCAUAGGUUGAGUUUCAAUGCAGUGGAUUUUAUUACAUAUAAUUUUUGAUCAUUGGUAAUUAAUUUUAAUAAUUAUUGGAAAUGUUUUUAAUACAUUUUAAAAUAACAGCAUUACAAAAAAAAUAUGUAAUGAUUUUAGUGUGUUUUCUUUAUCAUUAUACAUGUUAUAAGACAGUUUAAUAUUUACACUAUUAGUUGGUCACUUGAUAUUCACCACAAUGUGAACAUUUGGUAGGGGUUUUUGGUUUCCGAAGGAACUUACAUAUUGUGAAGUGAAAUAACUACAUUUUUUUUUAUAUUUAGGUGUAUUAUUCAUGUUAUUAGUUGUAUCUUGUUAUAUUUUUUGUUUGCAAAUUAAUCAUUUUUAAAUUAAUAUGAUUCUUUUAAUAUAGAAAUAAGAUAAUUACAGGUUUCAUAACCAGUUAGAAUUGAAUAUCGUUUGAUUGACUUUUGCAUGGACGGCAAUAGGAACCUUUAUUUUUCACUGCAACAAUAACGUUCACCGUAUAACACCUGACGGACAAGAGAGUAUAAUCUGUAGUCAUUCUGAUCUCAAUCGCCCUACGGGUAUCGAUGUAGAUGACAAGGACGAUGUUUAUGUAGGUUGAAUAAGGUCUUACAAUAAACACAGAAUAUCAUCUGAAGGAAAGGAUCAUCAAAUCAUCUGACAGAGGACGAUGGAAUAACAAAUCCAUGCUGUUUAUGUUACAACAGGGACACAAAACAACUUCUGAUGACGACAUUUAUAGCUUACCUUAGAUUUUGUUUUAAUGCAGCGGAAUUCAUUGACAUUUAUGAUAUAUAUGAAAUAAUUUAUUUAAAUUUUUGUUGAACGUGUAUUUUAUGGAUUUGUAUAUAACAGCUUUACGUUACAAAAUAUGUAAUGAUUUGAGUGUGGUUCCUUCAUCAUUAUAAGACAGUUGGAUAUCUAUAGUUUUAGUUGGUCAGUUGAUACUUACCAGAAUGUGGACAUUUGGAUAGGGAGUGUUUGUCUCCGAUGGUACUUACAUACUGUGCAGUGUAAAAACAAUUUUUAAAUUCAUUUGUAUUAGAAUCUUCAUCUUGUUAUUAUUUGGUUUGCAAAUUAAUUAUUUUUAGAUUAA